GGUACCGUGAAAUGGCAAGCAAGGUGUCUUUUCGGUGCGUUCUGUUCGUUCCUCAACAAUCAAUCAAAAUACCCUUAUCGCUGGCCAAAGGUAAAAGGACCAUGCAGACGUACGAGGACCUGCUAAAGUCCUCGCUGGACCAGGGCACCGAUCGACUAACGGUGGAUGACGAGGACGAAAACAUCUCCGUGACACGCACGGAUUCGACGAUCCGAUCGCGGUCAAGCUCUCGAUCACCUUCCUGGUCGGGAUCGAGGAUGGCUGAAACCCCACGAGCCUACUCAGACCGAGCGCUCAACCUCGACACCAAGUGUAAGCCCUCCGACAGUAGCAGUAGUAUCGCGUGUGAUCGAGACGAUGCCGAUAGCUGUGCGUUUGAUGAUAGCGCCUCAGUGGUACGGAUUUCCGGUGGCAGAGCUUCUAUGAGUCGAUCAGGACGCUCUCAAACCAAGAAAUCCUUCCGUGUGGCUGAAGACACACAAGAUCAAGGGCUGGCGAGAUCAUCACCCACUCCGGUUCCUGCUGAAGAACCAACCGGGUACGAAGGACUCGUGGUUGCAGCGAGCAGCCGAAAGAAACGCCGAGCAAGUCCUGCACCAGACGUAGAGGACCUUCGGGCAUCUCAGAAGUCACCAGAACGUGAGGAUCUCACCGACGACAAGGACAAAGAGGAACCACGCAUACCGUACGCGUUGCCCAUGACCACCUUCGAUCGGCUCGAGCUGCUGAAGAAACCAAACGGACUCGCUUUUCCAAUGUACAAGUACAGUGGCGUCGAGGCGACAAACUUCACGUUGCCACUGCUGCUUCCCGGGCUGGAAGCCGUCAACAGGUCGCUCUACUCGACGCACUUUGCGGCACAACAUCAACCAGGAGGUCUGUACCCAGCAGUAAGCGGUGAAUCGCCAACCGUUCCGAUGUUCCACACGCACUACACGCACGCUCUCGGGAGCUACCAACCACCACAGUUGCAGUUGCCUCCGGUUGACUUCUAUCGGAAGGAACAGCUCCAGCAGGUGCUUGGGGAACCGAAGGAACCACUCGAUGGGCGAAAUGCACGUGCAACACCUGCGAAGGGUGCGUUUUUCUACGCGAGUGCCGUCGAAAGUUCGCUGUCCGCCCAACAGGCGUCGAUAGCGACGAUUCACUGA